AUGCCACCAGAUGACCCUCUCGGAAGGUAUGGACCGAAGCUAGCUCAAUUCUUGACAAAAGGAAAUACACCAUUACAUGCUCAACUUUGUCCGUAUGCGCGAAAAUGUACUUAUGGAAAUAAAUGCAAAUUUUACCACCCGGAAAGGCCAAAUGGUAUUCACGUCAGUGUCACGGAACGAUUAAUGAGAGAAAAACAACGGAAAGAGUUAUUACCUGUUUAUGAUUCGCAGAUGAAGUCAACUGCUUCUGAAUCUUCGAUUUAUCCGACGAUUAUGCGAACUCAAAACUUGAAUUUGCCAAUGCUUGACGCAGCAAAAAAAACAUCUGAUAAUAGAAAACUAAUGCAAAACAUAGUAAUAAACAGUCCUCGAGAACGAUCAAGACAGAUGCCUUUACAUCCUCAUCUAGCGCUAUCAGUCCAUCAGAAUACUCCUUUAUCUCGAAAUUGGCCUUUACUAAGUCAAAAUCAUCAUCCAUCUUUGGUUGUAUCAAACUCAGCACCGUCACCUUCGCUGCGAUUACAUUCAAAUCCCUACCAUAGUUCUAAUUCAUUUCCUCAACCUCUCUGCUUACCAUUCACCUAUAAUGGAUUACGAUACCACAACGGUAAUGAACCACAUCAGGAAAUAGGCAGUAAUGCUCUACUUUCACCACACUGUUUUGUUCCAAAUUCACCUGCAGGAAGUAAUAACAUGUGUGGAAAAAAUAAUACCAUAUCAUCACAGCCUCAAAUACCAUUUAUACCAGCUUGGAACAAAUCGAAAUUGAAUUCAGCAAAAUCACUGAGGACAAACCAAAAUAACCCAUCAGUGAUUAAUGAUCGAAAUCAGCUGCAAAAUAUCCUUUGUCAAUUGUUUCCGAAACGAAUUGUCUUGACUGUAAUGGAUGCAUUUCCGGAUGAAAAUGAUCCACGUGAAUUGUGUCCACGAAUCAUUGCGCAAUUACGUGGGAGUAUUAAUAAUGAAUAG